AUGUCUGAACGAAAGGUGCUCUCCAAAUACUACCCACCCGACUUCGACCCGUCCAAGAUCACGCGCCAGCGCGGUCCUAAGAAUGCUGGUCCCAAGCUGUCGACCGUCCGUCUCAUGGCGCCCUUCUCCAUGAAGUGCACCCACUGCGGCGAGUUCAUCUACAAAGGUCGCAAGUUCAACGCUCGCAAGGAGACGACAGAAGACAAGUACUACAACAUCGCAAUCUUCCGCUUCUACAUUCGCUGCACGCGAUGCUCGGGCGAGAUCACCUUCAAGACGGACCCAAAGAACAUGGACUAUGAGUGCGAGCGCGGCGCAAAGCGUAACUUCGAGCCCUGGCGAGAGGCAAAGCUCAAUGAGGAGACAGAGGAGGAGAGGCUCGACAGGCUGGAGAAAGAGGAGGCCGAGCGCGAUGCCAUGAAGGAGUUGGAGACAAAAGUACUCGACGCGAAGACGGAGAUGGCCAUUGCAGACGCCCUGGAUGAGAUUCGCUCGAGAAACGCCAGGAACGAAAAGGCUGAGAGAGACGGCACAAGGACAGAUGUCCAACCCGAUCCCGCCGACGACCGGCGAAGGAGGCAGGAAGAGGAGGAUGCCGAGGCUGCGCGUAGGGCCUUUGCAGACAGGGCCAUGCCAGAUAUUGGGGAGGUCGAGAUUGACGAAGAGCUGGUCGACAUGCCCAUUGAGACAGCGCCAGUUGCCGUCUUCAGCAAGAAGCCCAAGGAGAAAAAGGACUUUGGCGCUGCGCUCGGCAUCAAGAAGAAGGCGCCCGCUCCGAAACCCGUCGCGCGCAAGACAAUACCAGCACCUCCUUCUAAGCUAUCAGCGAUGUUAGUAGCGGGCUAUGACAGCGAUGAUGAUUGA